UGCGUUUCGUUGCGCUAUUUCUAUUUCCGACUUCCUUUUCUUCGUUUUGGAAUUCUUCCUUGUGGAUUUUCCUCGUACAACAUGUCAAUCUACAAGAAUAUGAUAAAUUCUCUAAAUAAAGAAGCGGAAGAUUGCAUGAAGAACAUGCGCAUAUUAACCGACAUGUACCCACAUGUAAGGGCGCCACUGUUGGCGGCUCUACUUGUCAACAACAAAAGUCUCCAGGAGACCAUUUUAUAUUUGAAUAGAUGCUUUGCUGGGAAUCAAAGAAAAGAAAAGAGAGGUCCAGUAAAGCGACUUUACACUCAGACUUUCCAUGCCCGAACCGAGGGCAAAAGGAAAAACGCUCGACUCGAGAAAGACGCAGAGAAGAGUGAUAAUGAAGAUUGAAGAGAUUGUUUUGAAGAGAUUGUUAAAUUUUAAAAAUUUGAAGAGGAUUUAAAUUAAAUAUGUUUUUUUUUAAGAAUUUGAAG